AUGGGAGAUGGCGUGCCUGAGCAACUUCUCCAACGUUAUGCACAAUUUUGUGACCGUCAUCUUCCAGUGCCUCCUGCCGUUCAUGAAAAUGAGGUCACUAUGGCUGUGAAAACUUUACCGAAUUCUGUACCGAUACCUGUUCUCGAUGAGCUUUCCAAAUGGGAUUUUUUUGAUCAGUACUUUCCCAGGCAAGAGCCUGUCAUCGUCAAAGGCUUGAAUAGACAUUGGCCUGCUGUCAAAAACUGGAGCUUUAACCACCUCCAUAAAAUUCUCUGUCAUCGUGUAUUGCCCGUGGAACAGGGCUCCAAGUAUACCGAUUCAAACUGGGCUCAAAUGCUCAUGACAGGUUCGCAGUUCUUCACCACUUGUACGCUUCCGGUGGAUGAGGUGCGUCACACUCUGUUUUUUUGUUCACAUUUCAUUCCAUUCCCUCAUUUAGAAAGGUCCCCUGUAUCUCGCUCAACAUCGUUUGUUCCAUCAAGUACCUGUACUUCGAGAGGACAUUUCUCUUCCACUUUUGAUGAAGUAGACAAGAACUGUUGGAUUGGUCCUGGAGGUACUGUUUCGCCUCUCCAUACAGAUCCGCGCGAGAACAUAUUUUCACAGUGGCCCUUGAAAUUGUGGCUUACAUGGCUGACUACAUCACCUCUUAAUAUUGUUGGGCGCAAGUUUUUCCGCCUAGUUUCCCCUGCUGAAUCUGACAAGGUUUAUGCGUUUAAGGAUGGGUUGCUCACAAAUACGAGCCAGGUUGAUGUUCUCAAUCCUGAUCUUGAGAAAUAUCCAGAGUUUGCCAAAGCAAAGUGUUGGGAUGGAGUAGUCGAAGGUGGGGAUGUUCUCUACAUACCGAAAGGGUGGUGGCAUUUGGUGGUGUCACUUACGAAUUCCAUUGCUUUUGCGUUCUGGUUCGAUAAAUGA